AUGCAGACACAAAACCCCCGUGCCGGCCGCCCGCGCAUGCAGGAACCCGGGGCCGACGUAAACGAGCAGGACGAAGAAACUUCCCGUCGGCUCCGUAUGCGCCUCGCACAGCGCAGAUAUCGCUCCAAGAAGCAAGACAACCUCGCCGCCGCCGAGCAAAAGGCGACCGCGCUCGAGACCGCCCUCCGCGGCACCCUCUCCGCCUUUCGCGACUUUCAAAAGUCGAUGCUCCAGCAUCCCGUCGGGUUCGUGCCCCUCGAGGUUGCCGUCGCCGUCUCCAAGACGUCGCUGGACAUCUCCAGCCUUCUCCACAGCACCGGCGUCCAGGUCCAAGACACGCUGGGCUGCAGCCUGCUCGACUGCUCCAAGACCACGUGCGCCGGCAGGGUGCUCUCCGAAAGGCUGGCGCGCUCCGUGGCCGAGUUCAACUUGCAUUCGCUAGACAAGGGCGAGCUCGGCUGCUUCACGCCAGAGCUUCUCGCGGGCAUGAACGUGCUACCCGGCGAAAUCUUGCUCGCACAGUCGCUGGGACAGUCCUCCCCCGAAAGCAGCCUUGGCGAUAUCGACUGUGUCGGGCGCUUCUUUCCGCAGCUACAUAGGAAAAUCGAGGGCGCGACGGACACUGUAUUACGACUGGCGCCGCCCAAGCUGCAGCGUCUCAAGUACGGCCUCACGCGCACGUGGUUCGAGACAGACGUGCCAGAGCUCGCCGGCGAGUGGCUCGAGGCUGCAGACGUGGAGGAAUAUCUGGCACAGCGCGGCAUCCACGUCAAGGACAAGUCUCAAAAGGUGGUCACGCUACACAUCGGAUCCGAGGGAAGCGACGGGGAUUCGGAGGGUCCGACGACACCAGAGUGGGAUCCCGAGCUGCCCGACUGGACAAUCUUUGGCAAGCGGCUCGACGACCGACAGGACAUCCCCGACGGACUGCGCGUGCUCACGGCUGCACCGCCAGUGUCCGGAGGGAACUGGCUGAUGGAUCAAUCACCCACGCCAGCAUCGCCGUCGUCGGCGCAGAGAAAGAUCACAAUCGACGUGGAAACGCUGAUUAAGGGUCUUGCGAGCCGAUGUAUCUGCCUCGGGCCGGCCCCAGGGAUCCGCAGACAUCGCGUCGACGAAGCUAUACAGGAGGCUGUGCAGAUUUGUUAG